CCACCACCUUUCAUAAGAAAUCAAACCGCACCGCCCUUCAGAAGCUCAUCUUUUUCAGUCUGGACCACUCUCUUUGACGACCGGUCUCGCCCGCACUCUCGGUUCUUCGGUCCGUGACUCAAGCGACUUCUUCUUUGACACCCCAGAAGCAAUACUCAAAAGUCGUCCGGUCGGAACAGAUAGUGCUUCGAGGCACACGAGGGAGGAGUGAGGUCGUAUCUACCGACUCUUUGGGCGCGAAGCUCAGCUUACAGUGAGCACCCGGUCAGCGGCGAGGGAGCAUUGACUGAUCCGACCCCCCCUUCCUAUUCUAACUACUCAUCUCUUCGAUCCUUUUUCUUCCUUGAAAUCGUGUUCUGUCUUCACAGCAUCUCUCUCCCUUCUCUGACUCGUCAUCAGACUCAGACCUUCGUCAACUGGUCAUUGGCCGUUAUCCCGAGAGUCCUCCUUAUCCUACCUCUCCCCUCCUAAUCUCUUCCGUACACGCAGUCCCAGCAUGUCCAAGUCACCCGCAGCGAGCUCAUCUCAACCUUCGGUAUUUGAUGCUCUUGGGUCAUAUGCGGAUCGGAUCAAGAAUACGGCCUGGCAAAAGCCAGCAGCGACUUUGAAAAAUCCUACCCCUGCUGUCGCUGCUCCCCUCCCAGCGUCAAAAUCGGCUCCCGCUUCGGGUUCGACUUCACCAGGGGUAAGACCGACAGGUCGAGCGAGUACAAGCGCAGCAGAAGUGAUCUUCGAUGACAGCGAUGAGUGGGAAACGGUGCCAAGUGGGAGGAAGAAGAACACUGGAAAGGAGAAAGGGGCGUGGACGGACAAGGCUUCGAAGGAGAGAUUCGAAGAGGAGAGGAGAGCCAUCAGUGCCAAGCCUCCCCAGAAUAAAGCCAAUCCUAAACCCGGCGAGAAGCCGCGAACAUCAUCGAUACCAGCCCACACCACUAAACCAGCUUGGGGACUUCUCCCUCCAUCUUCCACCACCACGACGCAUACGCAAGCGCCACUCAAGGCCGACCGAGUUCCACCCGUCAGUCCGACUUCGGCUCCACAUAUGCUACAAGGCUCUCCCAGUCCCUCUUCACCCUCUCUUCUGAGCACGGCGGUGACUGCAGUGUCUCCGAGCUCACCACAUUCACCGCGAUUAUCAGCGGCCGCGUCAUCGACCGCCGCGACAAGCGUCAUCAAGGGGAAAGACGAUGACGAGUCGGUAAAGUCCGACGAGUGUGAGAUGACUCCAACCACCAUAGCCCAACCUCAUCCUGAUCGCCAAACCCCAGUUCGCCCGGCUGUAAAUGCUUGGGUCGCUCAACAACCCGCUGUGACCCUCCCCGCGCUCAAUGGCAGUAUAUCAUCAAAGCCGGCGACGACGUUACAGUUCGGUAGCUUGAGUACCGAUGAAAAUCCCAUCGUCACCAAUAACAACCCCGACAUCGGUGUGACAGUCGCCAAGGUGCAGAGAAGGUCUGUUCCAACUGCGGUGGAUGAUAACGUGUGGCCUGAUGUUGCCCGAGCCGCGGAGGUGAUCAAAGCGGCGGAAGAGAAGAAGGAAAGGCCGAGAAGAAAUAGUCUGGGCAGUGGACAAACGGAAGAACAGCCCGCUGGCAGUAAAAAACAAAAAUGGGUUCCCAUACCCCCGUCCGAGCUUGCUGCUGCCGCCGAAGCCGCCGCGGAGGCCCGAAGGAAGCAGCAACGUGAGGCGAAACGAAGAGUCAAGGGUGAAAGUGUGUCACAACCAGGAAAGACGAGAGGAGGAUUAGACGUUAAGAAAGUUCCGAAAAGCGAGAUUCGUUUACCUCCAUUACCGAAAUCACAGACAGGUGCCAACGGCUUCAAACCCAUCUUCGGUACUGUCACCGGUAGUUCAAAUGGCAGCAGCCCCGACUUGGAAGAGGGUAAAGCAGAGGCUUCUUCUGGCAGCAUCAGUGCUCCUGUAUCACGACAAAAUACGAGAAAUUCCCGUCGAGGUUCUACACAAUCUCGAACCCAAGGUUCCUCCCCAGUCACCCACGCUCUUCCCCUCAAUCCGGUAACGAAUGGUCCUGCCACCCGACCCGUCGUUGGAACCUCUACGGCUCCUCUUCCCCAACACUCGUUCAAUCCAGCCAGCAACCCCAAUCUUCCUCGUGCACGCGGUCGCGAUGGACGAGCCUCUUUCAGCGGUCGAGGUCGUGGGGGCUUCCGCUCUCACUCGCUAAUGGGAGGACGUCAGUGGAUGUCGCCAGAGUACAUGAAUGCAGGCAUGUACCCAGGUUACGCCAUGGGAUACCCGCCAUUUUAUCCUAUGGGUUACUCUCCACCUGGACCCGGUCCAUACUUCGACCCCAUUCAAGCUCAAAUGUACGGCAUGCCAAUGUGGAAUACUCCUCCGGGCGGACUAUAUGACCCACGAGCUCCACCUCUUGACGGCUUGCAAGGAUGGCUAUACGGUCAGGUGGAGUAUUACUUCAGUAUGCAAAACCUAGCAAUGGAUGAUUAUCUACGCAGACAAAUGGACUCUGAAGGAUGGAUAAGCAUCGCUACUAUCGCUUCUUUCAAUCGUAUCAAAGCCGCUACCAGCGAUGUCGACAUGGUCCGAAUGGCCAUGCAAGCCUCACCUAAUCUGGAGGUUCGUGAGGGCAAAGUACGUCUGCGUGAUCCAGACAUGCGACGACAGUGGAUUCUUCCUAGUGCCGAGCCGAGUAGGAUGCCUCCCCUUGAAGAGACUGGUGAAUCACAUAUACCCAAUGGUAUUUUCGGUCUUGAAGGUAGUGUAGGAGUUGGGAACGGGAGUACAGCUCAUCCUCGAAUCGCAACUUCGGAUGUGGAACAUGCGUUGAUGAAAAGUACAGUGAGCGCGGGAACGAGAUCUAUCCCUCCGAGUUCGACCGCUAGUGUUUUGUAUGAGGAAAGUGUUGAUAAGGCGGAUGAUACGCCUGCGACUAGUAUGUCAGGUGAACGGCAUGAGGAAGAACAUAAGGGGAUGUGA